CAAAUUUCUCUCUCAUGGUCUUUUCAUUAAUUUUCUAUUGGUCCAUCUCUCUUUACUCUAUCUCAUCACUUUCCACUAAAAAAAUCCUCUGCUCAUAAAUUUUCUGUAGCAAUCAUUGUCAAUGAAACUUCUCUCCAGAUUCCGCCAUAAUUCUUCCAUACUAGUUAUGGUUUUGUUGAUUUUCUUCUUUAAAUGGUUUAUUUACACUGACAACUUGAAGUCAGUAACAGAGUCAUUUUUCUUAUCAGGAAUUAGAAUUCCAGCAAUCCAAGAAAAAGAUGUUAUAUUACCCCCAAAAGACUGCAAUUUUUAUACAGGAAAUUGGGUUUUCGAUAAUGUGACCCACCCUUUAUACAAAGAAGAAAACUGUGACUUUCUCUCUAGGCAAGUUACUUGUAUGAGAAAUGGAAGGCAAGAUUCUUUGUAUCAGAAUUGGAGAUGGCAACCUAAAGAUUGUUCUUUGCCAAAGUUUGAACCAAGAAUUUUGCUGGAGAAACUUCGUCAUAAAAGACUUAUGUUUGUUGGAGAUUCUUUAAAUCGAAACCAAUGGGAAUCUAUGAUUUGUCUGGUUCAAUCUGCUCCAGGCAAGAAGAGCUUGAAUGAGUCAGGCUCUUCUUCUGUUUUCAGAAUUCAGGACUACAAUGCUACGAUAGAGUUUUAUUGGGCACCAUUUUUAGUGGAGUCGAAUUCGGAUAGUCCAAGGAAGCAUAGCAUAUUAGAUCGUAUAAUCAUGCCGGAAUCGAUUAAAACACAUGGAGAUAAAUGGAAGGGUGUGGAUUACUUGAUCUUUAACUCAUAUAUUUGGUGGAUGAAUACUCCAAACAUGAAAGUCUUAAGGCAAGGAACAUUCAGUGAAGGUAAUGUAGAAUAUGAGGAGAUUGAAAGGCCAAUAGCUUAUGAAAGAGUUCUAAGGACAUUGGCUAAUUGGAUUGAGCAAAAUGUAGAUCCUAAGCUUACUUCUGUUUACUUCAUGAGUAUGUCCCCUCUUCAUAUCAAGAGCCUGGACUGGAACAAUCCUGAAGGGAUUAAGUGCGCUAAGGAGACUAUUCCCAUGACUCAACCAUUUGAUGUAGGUACUGAUCGUCGCUUAUUUGUUAUUGCCAUGAAUGUGACUCAGUCCAUCAAAGUACCCGUUUACCUCAUCAACAUUACUGCAUUAUCAGAGUAUAGAAAAGAUGCACAUACAUCGGUGUACACGACCCGCCAAGGCCAGCUGCUUACACCGGAGCAGCAAGCUAACCCAGCAAUGUAUGCAGAUUGCAUACAUUGGUGUCUACCUGGGUUACCUGAUACUUGGAAUGAGUUACUAUAUACACAUAUUGUUUCUCAGUCUUAACCCCUCUAGAAUUUUGCUGCUUCUUACAAAGUGUUGCAACUGUAUAAUCCAUAGGUUUCAAAUUUUUUUUUGGGGUAAAAAGAAAUGUUUUUCAAAGAAAAAAAGAAAAUUUACUGGUUUCUUAGCAGAAACAAAGGCAACUCAAUAUUAGCUUGAUAUGAGUGAGUAAUCUUAUUUUGGAUUUUGCCCUGAAAUGUUGCAUUUGGUCCUCUGUUUUCUCUCUA